AUGGCUCCGAAGGGAGCUAAGAGAGCAGCUGCAGAGCAAGCUUCCUUGCCUGAGGCCACGGCCGGCAAGAAGAAGAUCAAGGGGAAGAGUAGUGCUGCUGUCCAGGACUCGAGUUUGAUAGCGAGCUUGACCACCAGUGGCUGUCCAGGGGCUAGCACACAAGCAGUCGCCUUGAAUGGCGCCACGUGGACCCAGCACCUGGAGAAUGUCAGGGUCUUCAAAGAGCAAUGCGUUUCUCAGGAUGCUGUUCUGCUUUGCCCCGGCAAGAACAGCUUUGGCCAGGCUUACGAUGAGAAGUUGGCACUUGAGUCCUUGAAGAGGGAGGGCAAGUAUCUUUGUCUCAUGAACGCUUUGUGGCUUGAUCAAAGUUUCAGUGCCACGCCGCAAAUCCCAAUUUCCCAGGGAGCCAUCGACCAAGUGAAAGCACACUGGUUCUCUGAGCCCAAUGGCUUAGAUCAGCAACAAGUCACUGUGGGUGUCUUGCAGCAAGAAGUUGACUCUAAGAAGGUGCCAGCCUUUGGCACUUGGAAGCGUCUCAGUGCUGAGGAGUCCGUCAUUGCCUUCUUCGAGGCCGCCGGUGCAGAAGCAAGGAAUGUGGAAGCAGGCGCUCAGGAUGACCAGCUGCAGAAGUGGUUGACUCACUGCCUGGCCUGCCCAGUGUUGAUCCGUGUAGUUGCAGACUCUCAAGAGAUGGAGUGGGUCGCCCAACAGUUGAGAGAGGACCAGACUCAACUUUCCUUCCUGGCCCGCACUCCUACGCAGAGGAUUUUCGACGUCAUGCAAAAGCGUGAGGCCAUGGGAGUGGCUUACACCCCAGAGGCACUGCUGGAUCUGUACGACAAGAAGCUCAAGUUGAGUGCCAAAUCGGAGAAACUGACGAAAGGAUUCCUGGGCCACGCUUCACUGGUCAUGGACAGAGCCUUGUGCCAUGACAGCAUUCUGAAAGUGAUCCUUGCCGAAGAGUCCACUGGAAAGAGCCUAUGGGACUCAGUCAGUAAGUUGCACGCCAUGGUUGCCAAGUCUUCUCGCUUUGAAGAGGUGUCCUGGCUCUUUGUCCACAUGCAUGAUGCAAAGAUCUGUGGUUACCUGGAUGGAGAAGUGUCAGUCCGCCAGCUGAAUGGUCAAGGUGCCACUGGCGGCAAGGGUUUGUGUGAUCUGGUCCUUUUCAAGAUGAGGUUCCGAGAUUACUUCGUGGGUGACUUCUUCCUUCUCACAGAAGCCAAAGAGAUGCCUGAGAAGUACCGCCAAGCUCUGAAAGACCUGUUUUCCUCCCACGAGAACUUGCGAGCGAAGGUGGGCUUCCCCAACUCUCCAGGUGACCUCUCAUGGAAAGCUGGAUGGACACGCUCUGCUGAUCACUGCUUGCAGCUGAUCCAGGAUUCGGUCUUCGGCACGGUCUUCGAUGACAACUUGAAAGCCGCCAUGGUCGCAGGCAAAGGCCCCCUGGAUACGUUGAACCUGGACACCAAGUUGGGCGAGCGCUUUGUUGAGUUCAAGAACUCGUUGCGCAAAGAGUUGGAUGAAGCUCGUGCUGAAGCAUCUGCAGCUGCCAGAGCAGAAGCACAGGAUGAGAAGGAAGAUGUAGAUGUGGCAGCAGGCAAGCCAGUCAGAAGCAUGGCUUACAAGGCUUUCCUGGCCGAUGUGCAGUCCAAGAUUGGUGAGAUCAAGAAGGAAGAAGUCUUGGAGCAGAUCCAGUUCUACGAAGAUAAGGCUCGCAACCUCAUGUCUUCCAACGUCCAGCUGUUUGUUUUCGAGCCUUCAGAGACUCAGCUGGGAGCAUACUUUGACAAAGCAGCUGCUUGUCAAGUGAGAGGAAGCGGAAGUCAGUGGGUGGGAGUCCUGCUUGACCCAGCCCAGUGGGGGGAGUCGGUGACGAAUCCCCACAUUAGGGUGUGUCCGCUCAACCAGGCAUACCUCAAAACUUUCCUUGCGUCAGUUGUCAAGUCCAGAGACCGGCAACAGUUGAGCUUGCACAACCGUGACUUGUUUUUCUACUUUGACUCCUUCUUGGCCGGAAACUUGAGCAAGGUCCUUGGUUCCUUUCAGACUCCUGCCGGAGACGCUUUGAGCAAGAGUUCCUUCACAGUUUUUGUCUCUUACGAUGAGGAAAGCUUGCGCCAACGCCGCCAGUACAUCAAGGCCAACUCAACGACGUUUCAGCAAGUUGAGCAGUUGACACUGGUGACUGCUGAGCCGUUUGGGGACGCCAUGACCAAGCAGAACCGCAAGCUCUACAAGGGCAGCAACUUCGGCAACAAGAUUGGCGAUGUGAUGCUGGACAGCCCAAAGACGCUGUGGUCCAUGACCCUGAAGGACAAAGUGACUCUGUUUGGCAAGUACAGAGUGGCAGUUGGUGGACGCACUGCUGGAGAAGCAGAGAGUCAUCGCGGAGUCAGUACAAGGAAGAUGACUACUGAGGAGCCGGUGUUCUGGCACAGCCGUCCUGUGAACCUGUGCGUGGAGCUUUUGUGCAGCUACAACCUUGCAGCCAUGGUGGAUGCAGGAGCAGGAGAUGGCAACAUGGCAUUGGCUUGCGCUUUGUCUCGCUUGCCAUAUGUUGGCCUGUGCCUCACUGAAGAGCAUCAGACCCAGGUCCAGGAGCGCAUCGUGACAGAGAUCAUGCUGCGCAUGCUUUCUUCGGCCGAAACGGUGUACGAGCCCAAGUUGGCAGCAAGUUUGGGAGGAGAUCGCGCCAGCAGGUCGUCCCAGACAUCUGCCGCACCUGCGGCUACCACAGUGGGAGCGUCCACUGGCAGCACUCCCUCCAACCCUGUGCCAAGCAGUGGAAGUGGGAGCUCUGGCACAGAAGCAGCUGCAAAGUCUGCAGCUCGGAAAGUGCAGAAGAGACCUUCCUUGAAGGGAAGCAGGAGCAGAGCUGCCAAAGCUAAGACCACGUUGCUGCCUGCCCAGCCUGAAGUGCAGCUCUUACCUGUGCAGCCUGCAAGUUCCGUGGCCGAAGUCACCUUGGUGUCUGACUGCUCUGGUCUUUGCACAGAAGGGCCGGCAGUGCGAGUCAACUUGCCACCCGCAGUCACCGUGAAGCACGUCUACACCUCUGAGAUUGAACAGAAGUUUAGGGCAUUCAUUACUCAGUUUGUUCAGCCCCAGCGAUUGGAGAACAAUAUGGAGAACACGCGAGAUCUUGCUUUGAGCAACACUGUCCGCAAGAACUUGCAGCAGUUUCAGAACUACCUGGAUCGGAACCCAGCCAAGCAACAUCGGGAUUUCAUUGUUGACACAGGCGGUUCAAAGGCCAGUUGGAUGGAAGACAAGCGCUUGGCGCGGAACAUUUUCAUAGCACGUGGCAUCUUGUCAGCCUGUGUUUUAGCUCCCUCUCAGUCAGGCUUGAACCGACGCCGACGCAGUAGCAUGGCAGCACCUCGCCCUGCCAGUGCCUCGCCCCAGGGUGUCCUUGCGAAGGCUGAGUUGGAGCUGGGUAUCCAAGCCUUCCUGCAGAAGUGCGACCCAGGUCUGAAAGAAAAGGCAGACUUCGAGCUUGAGAAUGCUCGUGAGUGUCUUCUUUUCAGCCGCCCUUUCUUUGCAGAGGAUAAGCUCAAGUCAGUGUCGCUUACCAAGGCAAUCUUGUUCUUGACCACUUUGCAGAAUGCACUGAAGUACCCGGAGACUGAACUCCAGGAUGUGCCAUGGAAAGCCGACAGCUACAACGGCAACGCGUUGGUUGAAUCCUUUCAAGAGAAAGUGGUAGCAUGCACAGCUUUGAAGUCAAAGGCUGCCUUGGAAAAGAAAGCAGAUGAAGUGGAAAGCGCAGCCAAGUUCAUUGCACGUGCCCUGGAUACCAUCAAGGAGACCAUUCCCCAGACUGCGGCUUUGCACGGCUCUGUUGUUUGUCUGGACGACUUGUAUGUGCACUUAGAGUUUCGAUUUGCAAAUAUGGAUCCUUGA